AUGAAGCUGGCCAUCGUGAGGUUUACAACAAGACACAUAGCUGGUCAUCGUGAAAACUCCAAUAUACCCUUCACAACAAGAGCACGUGCCAUUCACACUGUCAAACUCGACGGAUUCUAUAAUGGCAGGACUCAAUUCGAACUACUUGUUGAGUUAAAAGGAUGUAAUUGCUUCCAAAAAAAGUUCACGGACCCAAUUGCAACUGGGGACGAAGUUCAGGACGUCUACAAAGUAGCGAAAAUUCCAAUGGCUGAGUUUCCAUGUUAA